GCCGAAACAACAGUGAAUACACGCACCAGUCCCGUGGCGUUUGAUCGCGUCGGGUAUAAAAUUGCACCGAGAACCGCUGUGCAGGCAUCAGUUCUUCCGAGCCAACUGAAAGAUCGACACAGUACACCAUGAUUGCCGUCCUGUGCCUCUUCGCCGCUCUUCUGAGCAACGCCCUUGCGGUGUACGUCCCCACUUACGGCCUACCGGUGGCCGGCUACCCUACCGUCCCUGGUGUCACGACCCUGCACGCCGCACCAGUGGCCGCUCUACAAACGGUCCAUCACACGGUGCCGGUCACUCCGACUGUCCACAACGUGGCUACCCCGUACGGCUAUCGCACAACCGGCGUCAGCUACAGCCACAGAGUCGACGCCCACCCGGUGAAACUGCGCUACGUGUACGGCCUUACCCCAUACGGCCUCAACUACGGCUACGGACUGGACGCCUUCGGAUACCCCACCGUGCUCAAGAAGUGAAAAAACAAGCUUGGCAAACGACCUAAUGACACCCUGACAAGACCCGUCGGUACGACGGCAAAUAUGUCACAGCUGACGGCAACACAAGAUGUUGUCGUCCUCGUUCUUACUUUUUUGACGCGUAGAUAGUUCCGAAAACGAAUAAAAAGUCA